AUGUUUGCAAAAAGAAGUGCAGCCAUCACGAUAGUCAGUAUUCAUACAUGGCUCAUCAGCAAGGGAAGAAUUCUCCGCCCGAGAACGUCGAGACUAAGGAAUAAGAAAAAGGGCUUGAGCGAAGCCCUGUCCUGCCACCUGUCGAAUAAGGGGAACGGACAAUUAAUAGAUGCAGGAGAACAUAGUUACGGCCAUAUACAGGAACUAAGAUUUAAUGGUGAAACGGCCAUCCUGGCGCCCGGUCAGCUCUAUCAUAGUCACAUAGUCAUAGCAGUUAUGGGAGCACUGGCUGCCGAGUGCCAAAGCGCCGCCUUAGUUGGAGCUCGAAUCGCUGACAGAUCCAAGAGUAAGGCCAUCCAGCUAGCUAGUCGAGUAGAUGUCGAGGGCAGCUGA